ACAGAGAUCGAACCCGAGAGAAGAAGGCAAGUGAAGGGGAAGAGAGAAGAUAUAAGAAAACAAAAGAAACAUAAAAAGAAGAACAAAAACCUAAGCUUCUCGAACCCUAAAUAAAAAAAUUUGGUACAAGGUUCUUUGCUUUUUUUUUUUUUUUGAACUUGGAAAUUUUUGUGUUUUUUUGAUUAAUCCAUGUUGUUGAAUUUAAUGCUCUUCAUAGAACCGAAGUAUGAAACCCUAAAUCUGUUUCAAACGAAGAAGAUCUUUUCAAUUUUUUAGGUAACCCUAGUUUUACUGGAACCCCUCUUCCAGGGCCAUUUUGUUCAUUGGAUAUACAUGCAGAAAUACUACAAAGUCUAGCAAUGGCUGUUGACACUUGCAUGACACCUAAAAUACAAGAAGAGGAUGACGAUGAUGAUGAGCCAAUUGUAUUCAGAAGAACCAAGGUAACACCAAAGCAGAAUCAAGUAAACUCCGAAAUGAAGAAGGUAUCAUCACAAAGGCAUGAGGGAUCCUCCCAAAGACACGAGGGAUCUUCCCAGAAGAACGAUGGAUCUUCUCAAAGACGGGAUGGUUCUUCUCAGAGACAGGACGCAUCUUCUCAAAGACGCGAUGGAUCUUCUCAAAGACAGGAUGGAUCUUCUCAAACACGUGAUGGAUCUUCGCAGAGACAGGACGGUUCUUCUCAAAGACGUAAUGAUUCAUCUCAAAAACACCGUGGGCCAUCAGAAAGGCCUAGUCCUGGAACAGCUUCUCCUAAUGGUCAAAACUCAACUUUGCAAAAGGGAAAGAUGGUUUCAUCUUCAAAAUCAGCACCACUCAAGUCACCUUUAGCUAAUCCAAAGGCAUCAACUUCCGUACCAGAGAAGCCGAAACAACCGCCUACGCAAAAUUCACGAAUAAAUAAUAAUGAAAAGAAGCCUUUGAAUAAACCUCCUGCUAAACCAAAUGUCGAUUCUGAGGAUUCUGACGAUGAUAAGCCCUUGAGUGCCAGACUUCUGGUAUCCACCUCAGCAUUGCAGAAAAGCAACUCUCACAAUGUUGCUAAGGUUCGUAGUCCACACCUUCCCAGUUCCAGUAAAAGAUCUGUAGAAGAUUCUGAAGAUGAGGGUCCUUUGUCUGCAACGAUCAAGAUGAAGUCAGGGGGAGAGCCGUCUGUUAAGAACGGUUCCAGUAAAAGAUCUGUAGAAGAUUCUGAAGAUGAGGGUCCUUUGUCUGCAACGAUUAAGAUGAAGUCAGGGGGAGAGCCGUCUGUUAAGAAGGAAAUCGAAGAGAAACCUUUAGCUUCCAAAGCGAAGCAAAAUGGCUCUAUCAAGAAGGAAAGUGAAAAGUUAAACUCCCCAAAAUUGUUAAACAAGAGGCCGCUAGGUGAUAGCAGUACUCCAACUCACUCUUCUGCUAAAAAGCCAAAACUAUCAGAGUCAUCUGUUGCAGCUAAAGCAAAACAAGUGUCUGUGAAAGCUGAAGUCAAGACGGAGGAUGACGAUGAUGACGAUGAUGAUGUUCCAAUUGCCGAGAGACUGAAGAAGGCAGCUGUGUCGGCAGGUACAUCUCAACCAAAGAAGAAAACAAUAACGAAGGUUGUUACCUCUUCACUUAAAACGUCAAAGAAAUCAAAGAAAAUAGUAAAGAAAUCAAAAUACUCGAAGUCUAUAAAGCUACAGCCCAGUUCCGGCGAUGGACAAAAGUGGACUACCUUAGAGCACAAUGGUGUUAUUUUCCCUCCAGACUACAAGCCUCAUGGUGUCAAGAUGCUGUACAAUGGACAACCUGUUGAUUUGACUCCUGAACAGGAGGAGGUUGCAACAAUGUUCGCAGUGAUGAAAGACACGGAGUUCGCUAUGAAGGAGAAAUUUGUGGAGAACUUCAUGAAUGAUUGGAGAGGGAUACUCGGAAGAAAUCAUAUAAUUAAAAAGUUUGAGCUUUGUGAUUUCACCCCUAUCUAUGACUGGCAUCAGGCUGAGAAGGAGAAGAGAAAACAAAUGACCACGGAAGAGAAGAGGGUUGCCAAAGAAGAAAAAUUGAAGCAAGAGGAGAAGUACAUGUGGGCUGUUGUUGAUGGUGUGAAAGAGAAGGUUGGAAACUUCAGAGUGGAACCACCUGGGUUGUUUCGUGGCCGUGGAGAGCAUCCUAAGAUGGGAAAAUUGAAAAAACGCAUUCGACCGAGUGACAUUACAAUAAAUAUUGGGAAAGGGGUGCCAAUUCCGGAGUGUCCAAUUCCUGGUCAAAGGUGGAAAGAAGUUAAACAUGAUAAUACCGUUACAUGGUUAGCAUUUUGGAUUGAUCCAAUCAAUUCAAAAGAGUUCAAGUAUGUUUUCUUGGCUGCUAGUAGUUCACUGAAAGGGCAAAGCGACAAGGAGAAGUAUGAGAAAGCUAGAUUAUUAAAGGACUACAUUCAUGAUAUUAGAGCAAAUUACACAAAGGACUUCACAAAUAAAGAUCUUGGGAAACGGCAAAUAGCAGUCGCGACGUACCUUAUCGAUAAGUUGGCUCUCAGGGCAGGAAAUGAGAAGGAUGAUGACGAGGCUGAUACAGUUGGUUGCUGUACGCUGAAAGUGGAAAAUGUUAAAUUAGUCCCUCCAAACAAAUUAGAGUUUGAUUUCCUUGGUAAAGAUUCCAUUAGAUAUCUAAAUACUGUUGAUGUCGAGCUUCCAGUGUACAAAGCAAUCGGACAGUUUAAAAAUGGAAAAAAUGAUGGCGAAGAUCUUUUCGACAAGCUUGAUACUAGUAAACUGAAUGCUCAUCUUAAGGAACUCAUGCCUGGACUCACUGCAAAAGUCUUUCGUACCUACAAUGCAUCGAUUACUUUAGAUGACCAGUUGCAUAAAAAUACCAAGGAUGGUGAUGUUGGAGUGAAAGUUGUCGUUUAUAACCUUGCAAACAAGGAGGUUGCAAUUAUAUGUAACCAUCAACGUACUGAAUCAAAGUCCCACACUGCACAAGUGGGAAAAUUGCAAGGCAAUAUACAGAAGUUGAAGAUUGAGAUAGAUGUCCUGGAGAAGGAUUUGGAGAGAACCAAAAAAGGAAAGCCUCUACUUCCGAGGUUGGAUGAUAAAGGAGAGGAAUUUGUGCCGAGGAACUUGGCCCCUGACGCAAUACAGAGGAAGAUCAAUAAGAUAUAUGAGAGGAUUGAGAAAAUGGAACGUGAUAUUAGUACAAAAGAGGAGCUUAAAACCAUUGCGUUGGGCACAUCUAAGAUUAAUUAUCUUGAUCCUAGAAUUUCAGUUGCUUGGUGCAAGCGACAUGAAGUUCCUAUUGAAAAGAUAUUCAACAAGUCACUUCUGGCGAAGUUUGCUUGGGCAAUGGAUGUGGAUCCUAGUUUCAGAUUUUGAUAUUUUGGUAAACAGAGCUUGCCUGAGUUUUAGUCGCAGACAGGCCGUGCCUUUCCACCUUGGAUUUUUCCAUUCCUUCUCUACUCUUCUCAGGCAGAAUUUACAGGAGAUGUAUGGGAACUUUUCCCGCAGAGGUCUUAUGGACUAGGCCAUUGCCUAGAGCCUUAAAUUGUUGGGGCCCAAAUUUUUAAUUUUUCUUAUAACAUGUUUCUUUUUCUUCUCAUUUCUGUUCCCUUUAAUGUAAGAACAUUAGAAUUCACUGCAUUUUGCGGUUCUCUCUCAAAACUAAUCUAGAUAUUCUCCUUCCCAGUGAAUUAAUACAAGAUAUGAUGACUAUCA